GAUAAGCACGCGUCGCAAGACCGUUUCCUCUUCACCAUCACUCUCAUUGUAUCUUUCCUCGCCAAAUCUCGCCUCGAGAGUGCGGCUAAUACAGUUCUGAAACUGUUACUCUCACUUCAUUAGACAUGGCUGAUUCUGGCGACGGAAACAUCAAGGUCGUCGUACGAUGUAGGCCUCUCAACACUAGAGAACUUGCGCGAGGCGCAAAGCCCCUCAUUCGAAUGCAAGGCAACCAAACAUUUCUUGAUCCCCCAGAAGCCGGUUCCCAACAAGAUGCCAAACGCGCAACGGAAAGGAAGACGAUGGCGUUUAGUUUUGAUAAGAGUUACUGGUCUGCGGGUCCGCGAGAUGAACCUGGUUACUGCUCACAGCAGACAUUGUACGACGAUUUGGGGAAGGAGUUGUUGGACCACGGGUUUGCGGGGUUUAAUGCGUGUAUUGUGGCUUAUGGACAAACCGGGUCUGGGAAGUCCUACAGUAUGAUGGGUUAUGGCCCGGACAAGGGUAUCAUUCCCCUCACUUGCUUGGAACUUUUUACUCGGGUGGAAGCACGAACAGCACAGGAUCCUAACAUACAUUUCACCGUUGAGGUUUCCUACAUCGAAAUCUAUAACGAGAAAGUGCGGGACCUCCUGAAUCCAAAGAACUCGGGAAAUCUGAGAGUCCGAGAACAUCCAAGUUUAGGUCCGUAUGUUGAGGAUCUUUCCAAGCUCGUAGUCAGUAGCUACGAUGAAAUGAUGACACUCAUGGACGAGGGAAACAAGGCACGGACGGUUGCUGCUACUAACAUGAACGAGACGUCUUCUCGUUCGCAUGCCGUGUUCACCCUCCUCCUGACUAUGAAAAGACACGACGUUGACACGAAUUUAGACACGGAGAAGGUCUCACGAAUCAAUUUGGUUGACUUGGCUGGAUCCGAGCGAGCCAAUUCUACUGGCGCCACUGGACAACGAUUAAAGGAAGGUGCUAAUAUUAACAAGUCCCUCACCACACUCGGAAAAGUUAUAUCUUCGCUGGCUGUUGCAAGCGCUGCAGAGGGGAAGAAGGGGAAGAAGGGAAAAGCAGAGGAGUUUGUUCCUUAUCGAGACUCGGUCUUGACCUGGCUUCUCAAAGACAGUUUAGGGGGGAACUCAAAAACAGCUAUGAUUGCCGCCAUCUCACCUGCAGAUUACGAGGAGACGCUCAGUACGCUAAGAUAUGCUGACCAAGCGAAGAAGAUCAAGAACAAGGCUGUUGUGAACGAGGAUCCUAAUGCCAGGCUUGUGCGCGAACUCAAGGAAGAGCUAGAGGUGCUGAGAGCUCGUGUGGCUGGAUCGUCUGGAGAGGGCACUUAUGAUCCCAAGGUGCCUCCCGAGAAACAGAAGGUCACUUAUCAGACGAAAGAUGGAAGAAUAAAGACUGUGACGAAGGCAGAGUUGCAAGAACAGAUGGAAGCUAGUGAGAAGCUAAUGCAAAGUCUUAAUGAGACAUGGGAAGAGAAAUUGCAAAGGACACAAGAGGUCCAGAAGGAGCGUGAGAAGGCUCUUGAAGAACUGGGUAUCUCUGUUGAGAAGAAUAUGGUUGGUGUUCAUACGCCAAAGAGGAUUCCGCAUUUGGUUAAUUUGAACGAGGAUCCUCUCAUGAGCGAAUGUCUAAUCUACCAACUCAAGCCCGGGAAAACGACGGUUGGAAGGUUGGACAGCGAAAAGUCGGCUGCUAUCAGACUCAGUGGUGACAACAUUCUGGACGAACACUGUUACUUUGACCACACAGAUGGGAAGGUGUUCCUCCAUGCGUUACCGGAUAGUGUCACAUUCUUGAACGGGAAGCGUGCUGCACCAGAACAGCCUCACAAACUGCGAUCAGGAUUUCGUAUCAUUCUUGGUGAUAACCAUGUAUUUCGGUUCAACAACCCAGAGGAGAUACGAAAACAGCGAGAUCGAGCUACAAUGAAGUCGAAUAUGCAGCUUAACAUUUCUGCUGCCGAUCUGGAAAGUGGCGAAGCAUCGCCUGCCACCCGACCAGAUUCACCAGUUUCUUCGAUUGAUCAAGACGAUGCGGAUUGGACAUUUGCACAACGGGAAGCAGCAUUUGCAAGGCUUGGACUCGACCCAACAUUGGACAGCUUGCCUGAUGACGACUUGAACAAGUUGUUUGAAAAAGUCACGAAAGCUAAAACGUUGAGGGAGCAUCAUCUGAAGUCACGUCCGGAAAGCAGCCUAAGUCAAGUCGACGAUGUUUGGAGUGACACUGGUCGGCCUUUUGCGAGUGAUGCGACGACGGAUGAUACUAGUGUAGAUGUCUGGUCGAGCCAUCAUGAUAGUCCAGACAUCGGGGAUGGACCUCUGAAAGAUGUUCAGCAUCAGCUGGAGAAUCGACUACAGGCUAUAACCGAGUCGUCCACGGAGGCGGAAGAUCUGAAGGUGGAGAAAGAUCAUAUGGAACACCAGCUUCAACUUGUACGAAAUCAAAUGAAGCGGCUCAUUGACGCUCGUGCGCGAGGAGAAACGGACACAGAUAUGGAGGUGUUUGAACCGGUCAUCUACACUGCGAGGCAACUGAGACUUAUACGGAAAGUCUUGGAUAAAUGGCGGGCUCAUCGUGCGUUCUCGAUGGCUGAGGCUGUUCUUUCGAAUGCUGUACUCGUCAAGGAGGCCAAUAUUAUCAGCAAAGAGCUUGGGAAGGAUGUAUCGUACAACUUUACCAUCUCCUCUGGAGGAUCCCUUGCUGCUCCCGCAUCCUCUGUUGACACAAUAGCAGGACUGGAUCAGUUUGGUGAUGUUGCUGACCCAGUUCUGCGGUCAGCAACCCAGCCGUCGGUAGCUGUGAAAGUCCUCGACAAACGCCAUAACGCAAUAUAUGUAUGGUCUCUUGAUCGCUUACAACAACAGCUGCAGCGGAUGCGAAAUUUGACCACAUACAUCGAUCGGCCAUCCUAUACACAACACUUUUCUUCGGACGAACCAUUUUAUGAUUCGCCUCCUCCCGAGUACUCGUUCAUAGGGAACGCAAUGAUGUCCUUAGCGCCGUUGGCUCGACGUCUUUCGUCUGUUUCGACCGUUCCCAUAUUUUGCCGGUAUACGUCGGAAGCUAUAGGGUCUUGCCGUGUAGACCUUAAACUGGUCAACGUGGUCCUACCUUCAAGGCACUCCUCAGCUCCAUCCACUAGGCCCGCGUCGCCGGUACCUGAUGUGGUUCCUUCUGGAAGUAAAUUAAGUUUCUUCCUGACAGUUGAUUCUGUUAAAGGACUUUCCCCCCACGACUUCUCUUCUGUUCAUUUACAAGUCCGUUUGUCAUCAUUCGUUGGACCCAGUAUUGCGACAGAAGAAGUCUUCCCUUCCGUUGCCGUCAAUCUCGAUUCCUCCUCCCUUUCAGAACUGAAAUUCAGACGCAGCUUCUCGAUCGCUGCCACGACAAAGGUACUCAAUCAUCUACGCAAUGGCUAUGCACCCGUAGAAUUCUUCGCGUCUGUGAAUCCUACGUACCUUGAGCGCUUAGAACGUUGGGAUGAGUUACGAGAGCAGAAGACUUAUCCCAGACCGUCUUCCGCUCCUAGUUCUCCCGAGCCAGAAAGCCGGCCAGCUAGUGCACCUCCCAUGAGGCGUUCAGAAACCGACUUUGUGGUAGAACAAACUCAUGACAUCGCUGCGUGGAUCCAGUUGUGUGAGCUAGCUCCAGACGGACAAUAUGUUCCAGUGCCUGUGACUUCACAGGGACAUGUAGAUCCUGGAUGUUUCUUUUUACAUCAAGGCUUACAGCGCCGCAUCAUUAUCUCUUUAUCCUCCAAUUCUGGUCCGCAGUUCCCAUGGAUAGAGUUGACGAAGGUCCGGAUGGGUAAUGUCAGAUUACUUGAUCCCAAAGGUCGCAUCCACGAGUCGGAAUCCAAGGCACUAGUGACGUUACCACUUCUCAAGGACCAGUUUGUGGAAUUCAAGCCGGAUGGUACCGGGGCCCUAACGGGACAUGUUCUCUGGGAUUCCAGUGUUCACGAUUCAGUGCUUCUCAAUAAAGUCACCGCUCCCAAUCAACGAAUUCUCCUUCAGAUGCAGUGGUCAGUUGCUGUGGAAACAUGUGCGGACCCAGUACAAUUCAACAUGGACAUUGCAAUAACGAUCGGUACACGAGAUGCUCGUCCUCCCUCAAAACUGCUCAAUUUCUUUGGAUCGAAUAAGAUCCUUUCAAAGACGAGUAGUCUUUUCCACGUUCGACUCUCGCCACCUCUCACAAGAUCUCCUAAAGAUCUUUGGCGUCUCGAUACGGCUGAGAAGUAUGUGCGUGGCGAGGAGGCGCUUGGCGUAUGGAAACCUCGGGGUAUCUCGAUUGUAGAAGAUUACUCGAGGCUGGUGUCGAUGGAACGCCGAGCAGCAGAUGUGCAAGCCGUGCGCGUCAUACUGUCGAACGUACCCCAGAAACUGAUUCAGCCCGACGCUCUUGCAUGGCGUACUGAUCAAUUGCUUAGGAAAUCACUUGACCUAUGGCAGAAACGGUUUGGGCAUCAGGGAGAUAUUGUGCUCAGUCAGGAUCCUACCGAUGAAGGAAAUUCGCCGAGUAAAAAACCUUCUGGUAUAGAAUCGCUCGAUGGUUUGAAGUUAGUAUCAGAGACGAAAAUCAUUGCGCGGAGUGAUGGAGCGACCAAGAAAGGACAUCUUCUAAUCCUUACAGACGCAAUACAGAACGUUUGGGAGAAACGGUGGUUCGUUCUGAUGAGACCUUAUCUGCACAUGUACGCCCAUUCAAAUGAGGUGGAAGAGGUCGGUGUCGUCACUCUCACCGGUGUCAAUGUGGAGAGUGACCCCCAGAAGGAGCUGCUUCUAGGGAAACCUUUUUCGUUUACUCUUUUCACGUCCUCGAAUUCUCAUGCGUUGGCCGCUCCAAAUCUUAAAGAGAAACAAGCCUGGGUUGCAAAACUAGAUCCCACACGUCUACUAUCCUGACAGCUAUCUUACGGGAAUUGGUUUCGCUAUCGUAAUUACCUUGAUGAGGUUUGGUUGCCGUUCAUUUUUAUUUGAUCUAAUUUACUCCAUUAUUGCUAUCCUGCAUGGUCCAAUCUCCUCUCGUUACCGGUUUUUUCACAACACUAGAUAUCAUUAUGUAGCACAUACCCGUUGUCGAAUAUGUUCCCAUCCUCAAAUCUACUCACGCUCACAACUAUCAGAAGAUACUUAGCAGUUGUACCAUUUAUAUCACAAUACUAAGCAUUGAAUUUAUAAAA